AAAAAUCUGUACUACUAAACAGUCUAAACUCCUUUUUAUAUCCAGUCCGAGCUGGGCUCCUCCCCUUCCAAGCGUGACUAGACUGAGAUAGCUAGAGCGCGCGCUAGUGAAAAGUCAUCCGAGAAGUAUAGAUAACGUUAUGCUGGUAUAAUCAGGUCUUUUUCUUUGAUAGGAUUCACUUGAAAAGGUUGAAGUACCAUUAAUGAGUAAUAAUUCAAUCACUGAAGUGUUUCAAUUUAUUUUGAAAUUUCCAGACAUUUCAGCAAUAAAGAAUGACUCCUAUUUACUCAAGGUUGAAGAAUCGCUGAGAUCAGCAUUACUCAAAAUCAGUAUCAGUGACGUACUGUGUAAGCCAUGCCUACAGGAACUAUCUGACCACACCCAAUCAGACAGUCCACCAUUCACCAUAUUAGUACACACUGAGAAAUCUAAAGCAGCUAACCUGACACACCAGCAAGAGGAGGAAGGGUUUCCAUGGAUACAGGUCAACCCACAUGAGUAUGACCACACCUCCAUCUUUCAGCCGUCCACUCGUAAUCCAAUGAAACUGACACCAAUCAAGUCAAUCAGCAACGAAAUGUUACAGAUGGAAGUACAGCUAGCAACAAAAGAAAAAGAAUAAUAAUAAUAAUAACAAUAAUAAGAAGAAAAUUUUUAUGGAGACAGAAGCACCACAAAAACAAUAAUAAUAAUAAUAAUAAUAAUAAUAAUAAUAAUAAUAAUAAAUAG